AUGUCAUCCGAAAAGAAGAAUAAUACGGGCCUAGAUUAUAAGCAGAAGCGUAGGCGGCUUCCAAAAGAAUCAACCGACAAGGCAGAAGGAACAGGACAACCUUUAGAUAGGACAACGGUGUUAGAGAAUCUAAUAGUUUUAAACUUGAAAACACAGUUACAAGCACCUUGGUUGCCCGAAUUCUUGAGAGUGGGAGGAGUUGACAACCCGCUCGAUCCGGAUAAAAAUUCAGCCAGUGGAUCUACCAAUAUAGCGAAAGCUACAAUCGCUUUCCAACAAUUCGUCCCUAAGAAGCUGAACAUUCCUUUUGUAACACACAGCGAUUUAGUAAAAGAGAUAGAAGAGUUCUGGUCACGACGUAGUCUGAAAGGGCUUGAUCAGGAUACUUUAGUGCCGUCGAUAAUUGCUGCCAACGACGGAGCUAUCAAAUCUAACCAACCAACCGGUGCCAUUGACGAAGUGGAUUGUCAGCUCAAAUUGCCGCUUGCACCCGAAAAACUACUGAGAAAUUACUAUACCACUGAAAGUGGGGACUCUGAUUCAAGCAGCAGACUGAAUCUCAGUCAGUUAAAGCCUAGCAUUGGCGUGUCGGAAGACGUGUCGAUCAUUGAAAACACCAAACAGUCGAUAUCAGUCAAGUCACCGUUAGAAACACUGCAAGAAGAGAUCGAUCAGCUGCAGGAAGAGAUUAACCGAAUUACGGACCUACGUAUCGGGCUGGAAACAGGGCAUCAGCAGCUAGAGGAAUCAGUAGAAAUGCACAACAAAGCACUCAUUAAGCUAAAGGAGGAAAAGAAAUUUAAGGAACGCACGCAUAUUUUGCUCGAGGAUCCCGAAGUCAAUGUGAAGAAGUGCGAAGCCAUCAUCGCUGCCAGCGGAGAGCGUAUGAAAAAGCUGCAGGAGCAAUGGGAUGCGCAUCGAACGCCCUUAAUCGAAACAUUGGAAGCGCACAGGGCGAAAAACUCGGAAAUACAGUCAAAGGCUCAACCCAUCCUUGAUCGAAUCGAAUCGACUCGUCGAAAAUGCGAAGAAAUAACCAUCGACUUGCAGACCAAGAGCGCUAUGCACUCGCGGUUGCAGAAGGAAUUCGAAAAGCUAAACAAAACCGUAAGCCGAACGGCAUACACUAGCCGCAUACUCGAGAUCGUGGGUAACAUUCGUAAGCAGAAAACCGACAUUGAUAAGAUUCUACAGGACACACGCAGCUUGCAGAAAGAAAUUAAUUCUAUUACAGGACAACUGGAUCGCCAGUUCACUGUUACGGAUGAUCUUAUUUUCCGAAAUGCCAAGAAAGACGAACACUCGAAGCGGGCGUACAAGCUACUCGUUACGCUUCACUCCGAUUGCUCCGAACUGAUCGCAUUGGUACAGGAAACGGGCGCAAUCAAGCGAGAAAUUCGCGAUCUGGAAGAUCAAAUCGAAACUGAGAAAAUGCGCAACACAGCGGCUAAUCUAGCUCAGAUAACGAGUGAUUUAACAGAAAUGCAGAAUGAGAGCUUAAGAUUAGAGGAUAGCAUACGCGAGUUGGAGGGGACCCUUAGACAUCAGCAACAGUGAUAAGUGCAGGCCCUCUACCUGCUAGGAACAACAUCAAUUUUCAACAAAUUAUUCUCAUACAAGACUAUUACAUUAAGAAAAGAAUUACGUAAUGGAACAGCAUGUGAUUAGCAGUCGAGCCGAAAUCGAUCAAAUCAAUUGAAAAAAAACGUUGGCGCAAAACGAGCCACCUUAUCGCUACAAGAUACUCUAGCGAGGAAGCCAGAACACUAAAGUGCCCAUUAAAACAAGCUUUAUUCAUUCGGUUA